UCUAUUCUCCGUUCAUUCAGAAAUCGAAGCCAAACACUAUAUAAUACUUUAAUCCCCAGUCGAAGCCCAAGCCAAAACCAAAGCCAGAAUCAGCGAACGGGCGAUCCUCAGCGCUCGCCUAUUCCUCUCGCGCAGUCCCAAAACCUCAAAAGAUAUAAUGGCCUCAACUGCGUUAAUUUGUGAUACAGAGCCGUGGAAGGAUUUGAAGAGUCACGUUGAGGACAUCAAGAAGACUCAUUUACGUAAUUUGAUGAAUGACGUUGAUCGAUGCAAGUCGAUGAUGGUGGAGUUUGAUGGGUUGAUUUUGGACUAUACACGCCAAUGUGCUCGGAAAGACACUAUGCAAAAGCUUUUUAAACUAGCAGAGGCAGCACGAAUUGAUGAGAAGAUUAACCGCAUGUUCAAUGGAGAGCGCAUAAACAGCACAGAGAAUAGGUCUGUGCUGCAUGUAGCUUUGCGAGCGGCAAGAGAUACAACUAUAUGCAGUGAUGGGAAGAAUGUGGUACCAGAUGUUUGGAAUGUUUUAGACAAAAUCAAUGAUUUUUCAGAAAAAGUUCGAAGUGGUUCUUGGGUUGGAGCAACAGGAAAAGCAUUAAAAGAUGUUGUGGCCGUUGGUAUCGGUGGCAGUUUUUUAGGCCCUUUGUUUGUGCAUACUGCACUUCAAACUGAUCCAGAAGCUGCAGAAUAUGCAAAGGGGCGGCAGCUGAGAUUCCUUGCAAAUGUUGAUCCAAUUGAUGUCGCUCGUAACAUUAGAGGAUUGAACCCUGAAACUACAUUGGUUGUGGUGGUUUCAAAGACAUUUACUACAGCUGAAACUAUGUUGAAUGCUCGAACACUGAGGGAGUGGAUUUCAGCAGCUCUUGGGCCCCAGGCGAUUGCAAAGCAUAUGGUUGCUGUUAGUACUAACCUUCCGCUUGUCGAUAAGUUUGGUAUUGACCCUGCCAAUGCUUUCGCAUUUUGGGAUUGGGUUGGUGGUCGCUACAGUGUUUGCAGUGCUGUUGGUGUGUUACCUUUGUCUCUUCAGUAUGGCUUCUCAGUUGUUCACAAAUUUCUAAAUGGAGCUGCCAGCAUUGACAAUCAUUUUAAGUCGACUCCAUUUGAGAAAAACAUUCCUGUACUUCUUGGCCUGUUGAGCGUGUGGAAUGUUUCCUUUUUUGGAUAUCCUGCAAGAGCCAUACUACCGUACUCCCAGGCUCUUGAGAAGUUUGCUCCGCACAUCCAACAGGUUAGCAUGGAGAGUAAUGGAAAGGGUGUAUCCAUUGAUGGCGUUCCACUUCCUUUUGAGGCUGGUGAAAUAGAUUUUGGAGAACCGGGAACAAAUGGCCAGCAUAGUUUCUACCAGCUAAUUCAUCAAGGAAGGAUUAUUCCUUGUGAUUUUAUUGGUGUCAUGAAAACUCAGCAACCCGUGUACUUGAAAGGGGAAGUUGUGAGCAACCAUGAUGAACUCAUGUCAAACUUCUUUGCACAGCCAGAUGCUCUUGCUUAUGGGAAGACUCCUGAACAAUUGCUAAGUGAGAAAGUUCCGAACCACCUUAUUCCUCACAAGACCUUUUCUGGUAAUCGGCCAUCCUUGAGCCUUCUACUGCCUGCUUUAAGUGCUUAUAACAUUGGACAGCUGUUAGCAAUUUAUGAGCACAGAAUUGCUGUUGAGGGUUUCAUAUGGGGGAUCAAUUCUUUCGAUCAGUGGGGUGUCGAGUUGGGCAAGUCAUUAGCCUCCCAAGUUAGAAAGCAACUGAACUUAUCUCGCACUAAGAAAGAGCCUGUUCAAGGUUUUAAUUUCAGCACUACCACGCUGUUAACCAGAUAUCUUGAGGCUGAAUCUGGCGUUGUAGCUGAUUCCACUAUAUUACCGAAAAUGUAAUCCUACUGAUUUGUAUAGAAAUAAAUCGGUCUUAAGCGUGCAGUAAAGUUUUGUAAUAUCAAUGAAAACAUGACUUCGGUGUGGGUUGAGAGCUAUCUAUUGUAUCUCAGCUAUUUAUUUGUGCAUGGCGAGUUAAUAAAGCUUUGUCAGAGACAGACAGAAACGCAUACAUAUUAAUUUUGAAGUAACGCCUACUAAGUUUAAAAGGAGUUAAAGAACUAA